AUGACUUGCAGACAGUUCUCCUCCAGCUACUGGGGCCGCGGGGGCGACGGGGGUGGCGGGGGCAGCGCGAGGUCUUCUUUCAGCCGCUUCAGCUCCUCAGGGGCUGGUGGAGGAGGGGGCCGAUUCAGCUCUUCCAGUGGCUAUGGUGGGGGCAGCUCUCGUGCCUGUGGGAGGGGAGGUGGCGGAGGGGGCAGUAGUUUUGGAUCCAGCUAUGGCGGAGGCUCUGGGGGUGGUUUUAGUGCUGGUAGUUUUGGUGGUAGCUUUGGGGGAGGUUCCGGGGGUUUUGGUGGUGGUUCUGGAGGAGGCUUUGGUGGCUCUGGGGGCUUCGGAGGUGGCUUUGGUGGUGGUGCUGGAGGCAGUGACGGUGGCAUUCUGGCUGCUGAUGAGAAGACCACCAUGCAGGACCUCAACGUCCGGCUGGCCUCCUACAUGGAUAAAGUGCAGGCGCUAGAGGAGGCCAACGCCAAGCUGGAGAAUAAGAUCCAGGAGUGGUAUGACGACAAAGGACCCAGAAUCUUCCAGAAGGACUACUCCUCUUACUACGACACCUUGGCGGGUCUCAAGAACCAGAUUCUUGCUGCCACCAUCGAGAAGUCCAAGGUUGUCCUGCAGAUUGACAACGCCCGUCUGGCUGCAGAUGACUUCCGAACCAAGUUUGAGACGGAGCAGGCCCUGCGUCUGAGUGUGGAGGCUGACAUCAACGGGCUGCGCAGGGUGCUGGACGAGCUGACCCUGGCCAGGACUGACCUGGAGAUGCAGAUUGAAGGCCUGAAGGAGGAGCUGGCCUACCUGAAGAAGAACCAUGAGGAGGAAGUCGGUGCCCUGAGGGGCCAGGUAGGUGGCCAGGUCAAUGUGCAGGUGGAUUCUACUCCAGGCAUCGACUUAGCCAAGAUCCUGAAUGACAUGAGAAGCCAAUAUGAAGCCAUGGCUGAGCAAAACAGGAAGGAUGCCGAAAACUGGUUCAUCAGCCAGACUGAUGUCCUGAAAAAGGAGGUCGACAGCAACGAGGAGCAGCUCCGUGUAAGCCAUUCUGAGGUCACUGAUCUGCGACAUACCCUCCAGAGUCUUGAGAUUGAGCUGCAGUCGCAGCUCAGCAUGAAAGCCGUCCUGGAAGGCACGCUGGCAGACACGGAGGCCCGCUAUAGAGCCAAGCUGGCAGAGAUCCAGGCACUGAUCACUGGUAUUGAAGCUCAGCUGAGUGAUGUGCGUGCUGACAGCGAGCGCCAGAACCAGGAGUACCAGCUGCUCAUGGACGUCAAGUCGCGGCUGGAGCAGGAGAUCGCCACCUACCGCAGCCUGCUUGAGGGCCAGGAUGCCCACUACAACACCCUGCCCACCUCCAAGGUCCUUUGAGUUGGCAGGCUCCUGGGCUCCUGCUCUCUGCAGAGGAAUUCCCUUGGGUAGGGGAAUAGGAGAGGAGGGACCCUUACUCCUGGCUCUUUCCCUGACCUGCCAAUAAAACUUAAUGGCCCAGGGGAA